AUGCCCACCCAAACCGCAAUCAUCGCCCAAGAACCGGGCCGCGCAACACUGGAGCACAAUGUUCCACUUCCGGAGCUGCCAGAUGAUUAUAUUCUUGUCAAAACAAAAGCCGUGGCCCUGAACCCCACGGAUUGGCGUCAUAUCGAUUUUGUCCCCUGUAAGGGGGCUAUCGUGGGCUGCGACUAUUCUGGAAUAGUGGAGGCCGUUGGCCCGCGCGUCAAUAAGUCCUUCAAGAAAGGGGAUCGCGUCGCUGGAUUUGUGCACGGCAGCGAUGUGGUCCGUCCUAGUGGUGGUGCAUUCGCCGAAUACAUCACUGCCAAGGGUGACUUGCAGAUGCUGAUUCCUGAAUCCCUGAGCUUUGAAGCGGCCGCCACGUUUGGCGUUGGGUUGACGACUGUUGGUCAAAACCUGUACCAGAUCAUGGAAUUACCUUUCCCGGGGGAAACGGAAGAGGACACGGAAGGCAUCAAUAUCCUAAUUUACGGAGGAGCCACGGCCACUGGAACCCUUGCUAUUCAACUUGCCAAGCUCUCCGGCCUGCGUGUGGUGACAACAUGCUCCGAGGCCAAUCGGAACCUAAUGUUUGAGCUUGGUGCGGAUGCCGUCUUCGAUUACCGGGAUGCAGAAGUCGGUGAACAAAUCAGAGAAAAUACUGACGACGCUCUUGAGUUUGUGCUGGAUACGAUCUCUACUCCACAGUCAGCCGCUAUCUGCAGCGCGGCCAUCUCAUCGGCCGGUGGGUCCUACAAUGCGCUACUGGAUGUCAAAUCUACCCGCGAUGAUGUUGACUCCCACGUCUCAAUGGCAUAUGACAUCCUUGGGGAGCCUUACCGCAUGGGCGCACAAGAUAUCACGCCCGAUCAGAGCAAUCUUGAUUUCGGGAUCAAGUGGUGGGACGUGGCCCAGAAUCUGCUCCAGCAGCGCCGAAUCCUCCCUCAUCCUUUCCAGGUCAAGACGGGUGGUUUGGCCGGCGCACUGGCCGGAUUGCAGCUACUGAGAGAAGGUAAAGUCCGGGCCAGUAAAUUAGUUUAUCCUGUUGAUGGAUCCGAGUAA